GAGGUUUCUUAUGAGAAAUAAGGAUUUGAUCAAAAAUAUGUCAUUAUCUCCAUCUUGUAAAGGUCGCAGCAGAUUUUGUCCAAGAAGAAGCUCUGUAAUGAAGCCUAGCAGAAACGGCAGUUUUAAAACAAAAAAUACCCUAACUAAGCCAUUAAGCAGGUUUGCUGAGAGAAAAACUAGUGGAAAGAAAAGCUUUGACAGGAAUACCACAGAAAGAAACACUACUGAGAAGACCAUUGAGAAGGCAUCUGAUAAAAUAAUUACCAAGCCAAAGAAAAAGAGGCAACAGAGGCCCCGCUAUACUACAAAGAACAAAAUUCUGAUUAACUCCGAACAGGAGAGUCAAUUAAUCCAAAAGCUUGAGAAAUCUUGGAAAGACCAAGAAAAUAAAAUCAAAAUGAUUACCGAAGAAACUAAGAGUGCAUACCAAGAAAGUGAGACCUCAGUUCCUUGGCUCAAUAUUAGCCUACUCCAGAAUGAGAACUUUCUGAAUCCCCAGCCCCUAUUUGAAGUGCCGAGGCGAAAGUCUAUAGUGCACACCAGAAGGCAUUCUAAGAACAAGGAAUUCAAGUUUACUAAGGGUAAAGUAAACAGGAGGCAAUCUGUCCUGUCAGUUAUCAAGAAAGGCAAUCUGCUUGCUCCUUCUGACAAGAGCUUUCAAGAAGCCGAUGAGAUCCAGGUACCCAGAAGCUUCAAAAAUCUACAGUCACUGAAAUGGAAUGAACUCUUAAUUGCUCCAGUAAAGAAGGUGUAUAAAGUGCCUGAAAAUCUGGUCAACCCACCUAGAUGAGCUAAGGAUCACCUAAGUUUUACCAAUAACAAGAAUAAAUUAGUCCUGAAGAAUAAGAAGGAGAAGCUUAAGGAGCUUAAAAAGCUGCCAGUUAGAGGCCGGAGGAAUGCAAAAUCUACCUUCUCAGUUCAAGAUCAUGUGAAUAGGUCUGUGAGAAUCUAUGAAAAUCCUAUACUUAAGAGCCAAAAUCGGGACCGAGAUGAGAGCAAGAAUCUGAGAGGGCAGAAUAAUCGAGAGAAUAAUGGAAAUCAUAGGGGGAAUAAGCAUAUUUCUCAUUAUUCUUCAGUGCAAUAUUCGGCUGACUCUCAUUAUAAGAAGGAUUUUCAGAUGAUCAGGAUGCUUUCUAAAUCGUCUAUUGUUAAAUAUUCCAAGAAAUAUCUACAAAGACACGAUCGGUUAAGAGAAAGCGAGCUAGAUCUUACUAGUGGUGAGCAAGAUCUGAGAAAACCCAGUUCAAGAAAUUUUCAAAGCUCCUUUAUACGCUCUAUUAGUAAGAAUCGAAAUAGGAACUUCUUGACGAAUAGAGUGUCUCAUCUCGGGCUUUCCAAUAACUCAAAUGAUCUCUCUGAAUUCCUAAGAUCCGGUUGCAAUUCAUCGUUUCGGCCUGCGAGGAUAUACUUGAACAACCAAUAAUGACGAAAUUAUUAGGUACCACGGCUGUUAUUUCA